AGCAUCGAAAGCCCCAUUUGGAUUUCCUAUGCUUGACGAUAUCACCAAUGCUGCCUUCCUUUCUCCCUCCCAACACCGUUCGAUUCCAGACAUACUCCUCCCUCUCGCUUUCUCCGUCUUUAGAUCCUCAGACCUCUCACCCGCUUCCUUUUCUUUUCUCGCGAGGUAUCUCUUUGCCCUAUCAGGAUCGUGCCCUUUCUUGAUUCGAAUCCACCAUUUAAUCUGAAGUCUGGAGUAAGGGAGUUCCAUUUGGACUCUUAGCUCUCUGUCUCUCUCUUGGUAAUUCGUGUUCUUGAAAAUGGCUUCUGUCUCUCUAUUCGGCGCUUCUGUUUCGGAUCCCUUGUGGAGCUCGUGUAAUGGCGUCAGUGGGGUGCCCCUCAAGUCUUUGGGGAGAUCGCGGAAGGGGACGAGGAAGAGUCUCUCGGCCGCUGUGGCGGCGAAGAUCAAGAAGGUGAAGAAGCACGACUACCCGUGGCCGGAUGAGAUCGAUCCCAACGUGAAGGGCGGGUACCUCAGCUACCUCUCUCAUUUCAAGCCCCUCAAGGGGAAGCCCAAACCCGUCACCCUGCCCUUCGAGAAGCCUCUUAUGGAUCUCGAGAAGAAACUCAUCGACGUACGGAAGAUGGCGGAUGAAAUGGAUUUGGAUUUCAGAGAUCAGAUUAUAUCUUGGGAAUCCAAGUAUCGAGAAGCUCUAAAAGAUCUAUACACACAUCUCACACCUAUACAGCGCCUCAGCAUUGCACGGCAUCCUAACAGGCCAACUUUUCUUGACCAUGUGCUGAACAUCACUGACAACUGGGUAGAAUUUCAUGGAGAUCGUGCUGGUUACGAUGAUCCAGCAAUUGUGACUGGUAUUGGAAGCAUAGAUGGCAGAAGCUACAUGUUUAUUGGUCAUCAGAAAGGUAGAAACACAAAGGAGAACAUUGAACGUAACUUUGGGAUGCCAACUCCACAUGGUUAUCGAAAAGCUCUGCGGAUGAUGUAUUAUGCUGAUCAUCAUGGUUUGCCUAUCAUCACAUUCAUUGAUACUCCAGGGGCUUUUGCAGAUCUCAAGUCUGAGGAGAUAGGCCAAGGUGAGGCCAUAGCUCACAACUUGAGGACCAUGUUUGGUUUGAAAGUUCCAAUUGUCACAGUUGUUAUUGGAGAAGGUGGCUCUGGUGGUGCACUUGCUAUUGGAUGUGCCAAUAAAUUGUUGAUGUUAGAAAAUGCUGUUUUUUAUGUUGCCAGCCCAGAAGCAUGUGCUGCAAUCCUAUGGAAAAGUUCAAAAGCUGCUCCAAAGGCUGCUGAGCAGUUGAAGAUUACUGCUACUGAAUUAUGCAAGCUGAAAAUUGCAGAUGGAGUCAUUCCUGAACCCCUUGGUGGUGCGCAUGUCGACCCUUCUUGGACCUCACAACAGAUUAAAAUUGCAGUUGUUGGAUCAAUGAAUGAGCUUCUGGAGAUGGAUACACCUAAGCUUUUGCAUAAUCGUAUGCUCAAGUUCCGUUAUCUUGGAGGAUUUGUGGAAGGUGAACCUGUAGACCUGUCAAAGAAAGUUAACAUGAAGAAAAAAGAAGAACCUCUUAUUCAACAGGAAAAGCCAGGUACAGCUUCAGAUGUUGACUUAGAGUAUGAAGUUGAGAAACUGAAACAGCAAAUACUAGAAUCCAAGGACUACCUGCCAUCUCAGCCUUCAGAUCUGGGUUUGAAUGAAAUGAUUGAGAAACUGAAGGAGGAGGUGGACCAGGAAUUUGCUGAGGCUGUUGAAUCCAUGGGCUUGAAGGACAGGCUUGAAAUGCUGAGAAAGGAAGUCACUGUGGCAAGGAGUUUGCCUGAUCACAUCCUAGAUAGUAGUCUGACAGAGAAGAUUGAGAAGCUGAAACAAGAGUUUAAGCAGGGUCUAUCAGAGUAUCCUAAUUAUGACAGUCUAAAUCAUAAGCUUGACAUGCUUAAGGAGUUAUCCAAAGCUCAGAAAAUCUCUGAAAGAAAUGAGAAAAUCAUGUCAUUGAAGCAUGAAAUCAAUGAAGGGUUCAAAGUGGUCAUGAAUCACCCUGAUUUGAAGGAAAAGAUUGACAAGCUAAAGGCAGAAAUCUCAGAUGCAGGAGUGUCAAGAACUUUUCAUCUGGACAAUGAUUUGAAGGAGAAAAUUUUCAUGGUAAAGAAAGGGAUAGAAUCUGAACUGGCCAAGAAACUGAGCUCUUUGCAUUUGAAUGUGGAACUUGCGUCUUCAAAGAGAGAGGCUUCUAUAGCAAGGGAUGUGAUUGAACAUCCUUUGUAUUCUGAACUAAAAGAGAACAUAGAUGAAAUUAAUGAUGAAAUUGAAGAGGGGAUUGAGAAUGCGGUCAACUCAACUAAUCUAAAGAACGAGAUAGUGAUGUUAAAAUUAGAAGUGGAACAUGCAGGGAAGUCUGCUGAUCCUGAGGUGAAGCAUAAAAUCGAGUCAAUGAUUCACCAGAUCAGGCAGAGCCUUGCAGAGGCCGUGAGCUCACCAUCCUUGAUGGAAAAGUACAAGAAAUUGAAACAAAAGAUUGCAAGGGCCAAGGAAUCUUCCUCAGGAGAGCUGGAGGAAGGCUCAGGAAAAUAUAAUGGAGGUUUAAACCAAGAUGCAUUUAAAGAAGGCAGUCCAAAACUCGACAUAACAGGGGUGGAGAUUGACAUUGAUUAGUGUGGCGGGAUAUUGCUGCGAAACACCGAUCAAGGAAAUUGGUCAAGGUGCACCCAAGUCUCAGGAAUCCUAGCCAAUUUGUUCGCUUGAACAUGGUGAGGAUCCAUGAUUGCAGGAAGAAGGAUCAUAGACAAUUAUACUGCUGAAUUUUCUUGCUGAAAAUUUAUUUUUAAAGGUCAUUACUCCUACUUUGGCAGUCAAGAUACCUAGAGAUGUGACUGAAGAUGCAGUAGAGUUUAUGCAAUUACUAGUGGAUCUGUGUAGGUUUCGGUUUUCAGGACAGGAUAAACUCAUUUUGUAAUCAAAAUUUAAGCCAUAUUCAUAAUAAAGGUGAGAAUCCGCCAUUGCUUAUUA